UGAGCUCUUCGUUCCCCGAGAUACUCCACGCCCCCUGUGAACAACAACCUUUUACCCAGAGAGCUCCUAUUGGACCAGAGCGGGGGCAGUGUGGAUCGCAGACAUUUGAUUGGUACAGACUCGAGGCAACUGUGAUGUGGCAGACAGGACUGAAACCGUAUUGGCUCUGGUGAGAGACGGUGGGAGGUGACUUUGACAAUGAAUGUGCUGAGGACACAUGUUUACAAUGAUGGGGAGAGAGGAAGAAUGGAGCAGCACAGGAUCACUAGAUACUAAGAGUUUCUGAAUGAAGUAACCACAUUCAGGAGCUUUUUAUAAUUCUUCAAAAGAUGGUGCAGACGGUCAAGGAAGCUCCCUGCAGAAGGACACCAAAGAGGCGCAUUGACCUGCAGAUGGCUUCCACUGUGUCUGCAGAACACCGCAACAUGCUCAGACCCUCACGACCUCCUCCAGCUUUCUGGCCUCCUCUGGACUUUGCCCUGGGCUCUCUCUCCUGCUGCGCUGCCUGUGUGUUCACCAAUCCCCUGGAGGUUGUAAAGACCCGCCUGCAGCUUCAGGGAGAGCUGCGUGCACGGGGAUCCUACCAGAGACACUACCGCGGAGUCCUGCAGGCCCUCUGGGUGGUGGGCCGCACAGACGGUCUCCGGGGCCUGCAGAAGGGGCUCUCAGUCGGGCUGAUGUACCAGGGUGUGAUGAACGGUGUGAGGCUGGGCUCCUACUCCUACUGUGAAGCUCUGGGUAUCACCUCGUUCCACGGGGGCAGUCUGCUGUCAGGGGCCGGGGCCGGGGCGCUGGGUGCCUUCAUUGCCUCUCCCGCAUACCUGGUGAAGACCCACCUGCAGGCCCAGACUGUGGAAGCCAUAGCUGUAGGUCACCAACAUAACCAUCUGGGAGUCUCUGAUGCCUUCAUUACCAUCUAUAGAAGGGACGGUUUAAUUGGUCUUUGGAGGGGAGUGAACGGGGCUGUGCCUCGAGUCAUGGUGGGAUCAGCUACUCAACUGGCAACCUUCACCUCUGCCAAGGAAUGGGUGUCACAUUCUCAGUGGUUUAGUCCAAACAGCUGGCUCACAGUGUUGAUCGCUGCCAUGAUCAGUGGAGUUGCUGUGGCGAUCAGCAUGACACCGUUUGAUGUCAUUAGUACACGGCUCUACAACCAGCCAGUGGAUGAGUUCCGUAGGGGCCGUCUGUAUCAUGGAUUUUCAGAUUGUAUGCUGAAGGUGUGCCAAGCCGAGGGCCUGUUGGGGUUUUAUAAAGGCAUGGGCCCUGUCUUCCUGCGCUUGGCCCCACACACAGUGCUCAGCAUGCUAUUCUGGGAUCUGAUGAGGCAACAGACAGUGAAGGAGCCAGGGAAGGAGCUAAAACAUCCCAAUCAUCCUGUGCAUGAGUGACUGGACUCUGGACAUUGAAUUUAAAGCAAAUGUUUAAAGUGUUGGUAAAUGUGCUCAUUCACUUUCUUGCAGACAGUAAAUAAGCGUAUUUCUCAAAAUGUUGAACAAUUGCUUUAAGUGAGACUCACUGUCUGACAAAUAUUGCACAAACUCCAACAAACAUUUUCACGAGUUCCUAUCAAAUUCCUCAAAUAUAUAUGCUGUUGAACAGAUUUCACUUUAAUACCUCAAAUGAUUAAUUUACAAGCAAUGGGCUUUCAUGUGUUGGGCCGCAGCAAAGCUGAAAUGAGAGAAAUGAGACCCAUGUGCUGCAGGCAUAUCAAUGGAGUGCCAAUGAGAUCAAGAAAAAGACUGGAUUAUUAAAACGUAAGCACUGUGUUGUUUAUAGCCCAGUAUGGCUGCUGUCACAGUUUAAUACAUAAUUCUAGUUGCCUUGUAUGUCAUAUGGAAAGAAAAACAUCUGAUGACAUAUUGAUAUGAGGUUUUUAUGUACAGAAAUUUAACCUACAAGUACUUCAAGCAUUUAAACUGCAGUUGAAAAUAAUAAUAGUAAUAAUAAUAAAGAUUUUUUUUUAAUGAAAAGCAUUAAA